AUGCGUGUAUCAUCAAUUGGUAAAGGUCUUCGACAUUCUCCAUCGCCACGAUCUCGUUUUUGUGAACAUAUAUUAAAUGAUAAUGAUAAAUCUUUUACAUGUCGUCAACGAAUUUAUGUUACAUGUCCACAUUGUCAACGAUCCUUAUGUUUACAUCAUAUAAAUGAACAUCAAUUAUUAAUUCGAUCAUUAUUUGAUUCUUUAGUUAAUCGCUUAAAUGAAUAUCGAUAUGAAUUAACAGUAAAACUUUCAAUUCCAUCACACACUCAAACACUUGUUAAUAAUUGUCUUGACGAAUUUAAACAUGAUAUAAUUCCGUAUGUACAACGAACAUGUUGCGAAAACGAUGUCAAACAAGAGGAUAUUGAUCGUGUUGAAAUUUUUAUUAAUAAAAUGUUCACUCUUAUUCAACAAAUUCAAUUCUAUUGGGAUAAUAAUAAUAAUAAAAAAGAUCGAAAACGAUCAAAUAGUUCAGAUGACACAGAUAAUUCACCAUCUACGAAACGUUUUCAGUUAGAUAUUGUAAAUAUGGUGCUAAGUUUUAUAGUUUGUAUUAUAUGGCAAAUAUUAUCGUUUACAGCUUUUGUUUUAAAUUUAACAGCAAAUAGUAGUGAUCGAUGGUGGGUUAAUGCUAAAGAAGGCGGAGAAAAAACAUUUAUACGUGCCGGUUUAUGGCAAGUUUGUUUUAAUAUGUAUCGUCAUCGAUUCGAUUAUUACGGAAAAAUUUAUCAUGGUUGUUGGUGGUUAUUUUCUCCAGAAAUCCGUCUUUUACGUCCAUGGAUAUUGAAUAAUUGGUUACGUUGGGUUCAAACUUUAUCUACUCUCUCAUUAAUAACAUCAUUUUUUGCUGCUAUUGCUACUCUACUUAUUUUACAUAAUUAUAUUCGAUUUAAAUGUCCAAAACGUAGGUUACUUGAUAAUGGUAAAUUUGAAUGUGUAAAACGUAAUUUAUCUGAUCAUGAUGAAUUUAAACUUUCGAAACAAAUUCUUACAGUAGCAGUUUUACAUGCUUUAGCUGGAAUAUUAAUGUUAGCUACAGUUAUUCUUUUUGGAAUUAAAGGUAAACGACGUGAUUGGAUGAUGAAUUGGCAAUUUAAUUGGUUUGGAUGGAGUUUUCAAUUGGCUAUUAUUGCUUGUAUUCUUCAUUUAUUAACAGCGUUUAUGGCUUGCUAUCAAGGAUUAAAUAAAUAUUUAUAUUAUACAUACGAUUACGCAAGAGUUCAUCAAGAAAUCGAGGAUCGUUCGACAUUAAAACAUGCAUCAGUAUCGAAACGUACAGUGACUAAACGUGGUGGUGAAACACAACUUCCUCAAAAUCUUUAA